AUGGCUCCUCUGUACAACCUACCCAGGCACCGGGCGGUCAACCUGUUUCUACAGGGAUAUGAGAAGUCCUGGAUUGAGACUGAGGAGCACUACUUUGAGGAUAAGCUCAUAGAGGACCUGGCUAGACCUGGAGGAGAGGAGCCUCCUGAAGAAGAUGAGGGAGCCAAGAGGAUCGACCCUCUUCAUCAGCUCAUACAGUUAUUCAGUAGGACGGCCCUGACUGAGAAGUGUAAGCUGGAAGAGGACAUUCUCUACAUGGCCUAUGCUGACAUUAUGGCUAAGAGCUGUCAUGAUGAAGAGGAUGAGGAUGGAGAGGAGGUGAAGACUUUUGAAGAAAAAGAGAUGGAGAAACAGAAGCUGCUAUAUCAGCAGGCCAGGUUACACGACCGAGGUGCUGCAGAGAUGGUGCUGCAGACUAUCAGCGCCAGCAAAGGUGAGAUGGGUCCCAUGGUGGCCUCUACUCUGAAGCUGGGGAUAGCUGUCCUCAAUGGAGGCAACUCGACUGUUCAGCAGAAAAUGCUGGACUACCUGAAAGACAAGAAGGACGUGGGCUUCUUCCAAAGUCUGGCUGGUCUGAUGCAGUCGUGCAGUGUUCUGGACCUGAAUGCGUUUGAGCGCCAGAAUAAAGCAGAGGGACUGGGCAUGGUGACAGAGGAGGGAUCAGUCAUCACUCAUGAGCGUGGAGAGAAGGUGAUCAGGACGAGCUCACCUUUGACAGUUCCGCUUGCAGCUGCUCUGGUUAUCACAACUCAGGUGAGCGGUCAACAUCAGCAUUCUCACCAGACUACUGUGGUCACUAGAACCUUUGUAGUCUGA